AUGUACUCGAACGGUGCGGGCAUGCAAGGCGCGUACGCGCGCGGACAAGCCGCGCCGGCCCAACAAGUCCAGCAGGCACAGCAGGCACAGCAGGCACAACAGGCACAACAGGCCCAGCAGCAGGCGCAGCGGAUCCGCACGCGCAACCACUACGAUAUCCUUGUCGGUGAGGGGUUCCGUGGCACGAAGCGCGACCGGCCGACGGACCGCAGCCUCCCCCCGUCGCUCAAGCGCCAGGUCAAGGAGAGUGCGCUGUAUGCGGAUCUGCAGCGCAUCGAGCGCAAUCUCGACUGGACGAUUGCGCGCAAGCGCGCCGAGCUCAUGGAAUCGAUGGGCAAGCCGCCGAAAGUGAAGCGCACGCUGCGCAUCUUUUUGAGCAACACAUGUGCGAACCAGCCCUUCCAGCUGGAAAAGAACAAGGAGGAGGCUGCCGAGGACCUGGACGACGAGGUGGAUACCAAGAAGAAGGAGUCGUCGCAGGAAGAGGUCCCGUCGUGGACGAUGCGUAUCGAGGGGCGCCUGCUCGACCCCAGUUUCCGCUCGCGUGCCGGUGCCGCACUCUCGGCACAGGCGACUGCGAGCCGUAUUGGCGCGCACAAGUUUAGCAACCUGAUCAGGUCGUGCGUCGUGGAGUUUGUCCGCGACCCGAAUCUGUACCCCGAUGGCGGCCAGGGCGACGUGGUCGAGUGGCACCGUCCUGCGCCGUCGGUUGCGCCGCAGCCGCCAGUGCCGGGCACCGGUGGCAGCACCGCCACCGAGCACCCGCUGAUCCACUCGGCAGAGCCCGCACUCGACGGCUUCGAGAUCAAGCGCACCGGCAGCGUGCCGGUCAAGGCCAAGAUUGUGCUCUACCCCCUGUAUGUGCCGGAGCGCUACUCGGUCGCCCAGCCGCUUGCGCAGCUGCUCGACGUACAGGAAGAGACGCGUGCAGGCGUCCUGAAUGCGCUGUGGGGCUACAUCAAGACGCACCGUCUGUUGGACGAAAACGACCACCGCGUCGUGCGCCUCGACGCGCCGCUCCAGGCGCUCUUCCGCACGCCGACGAUCAACUUCCACCACAUACCCGAGGUCCUGCACCGUUUUCUGCAUCCCCCACAGCCGAUCGUGCUGGAGUACUACGUGCAUACCGACAAGGCCGAGCACCGCCAUCCGACCGCGUUUGAUAUCGAGCUCGAGAUGGACGACUGGGCGGUGCGCACGCGCCAGCACAACGUGCUCGCGCGCUUCGACGCGAACUCUUCGACGAGCAACGAGAUUGCGGCGCUCGACGAGCAGAUCGCGCAGGCCGCGCUGACGAUCCGCAACCGCUCGGCCGCACGUCAGUUCUUUACGUCGUUCGCCAAGGAUCCGCAGCAGCACCUGCACACAUGGAUCGCGAGCCAGGCGCGCGACUUGGAUACCCUGCUUGGCACCUCGCACGGCGGACGUGGCGCAGACGGCACGGCAGGGUCGGUGACCGACUUUAGUGCGGAAGAGAUGCGACACGCCGACACGUUCCACGGCCCGUGGGUGAACGAGGCGGUGAUUGUUACCGAGUCGCAGCGGCUCGCAGAGCGUCUGCAAGAGCUGCAGUCGGCAAGGCCACGGACGGAGGCUACGUAG